AUGCUGAAGCCGGGCGACCCGAGCGGUUCGGCCUUCCUUAAGGUGGACCCGUCUUACCUGCAGCACUGGCAGCAGCUGUUCCCUCAGGCUCAGCUAAAAGCUCCUCUGGCUCCUCCGCCGCCCCCACCUGACCGUCUCUCCAUCCCUAUAGACACCGUGCGCCCGUCCCGCCUGCAUAGCCACCUCCUGGCUUCCACGCACUGCACUUCUUCCUCUUCUUCUUCCACGUCCUCCUCCUCAGCAGCUUCUUCUUCAGCAGCAGCAGCAGCAGCAGCAGCAGCAGCGGCCCUCACUCCGUCCACCUCCAUCUCCAUUUCCACCAACGCAGGGCUCUCCCAGCUGCCUGUGCCCCAGCAGAUCGCACUUUUUGGGCAGGCAUUGGCCCCAGUGUGCGCUGGACCUGGAGGUCCUGGAGGAGGAGGAGGAGGACCAGGAGGAGGCGGAGGAGGAGACCUAGUGGUGGUGGUCCCUCCAGAGAACCCGCAGGGGCUCAACCCAGCAGCUGGGCUCCUCCAUCAGGCCAAAGAGCAGAGAUGCGGAGGGGUGGGGGUGGGAGUGGGAGUGGUGUCGUCCAGUGUGAAGAGCAGCAGCAUUGGAGGAGGCAGCGAGGAGGGCGGCAAAGGGACCGCGACGAGGUUCAAGCUGACGGCAGAGGAGCUGGACUACUAUCUGUAUGGACAGCAGAGGAUGGAGAUCAUCCCGCUGAGCAACCACACGGGAGAGCUCAACAACCGUUGUGACAUGUGUGCAGACAACAGGAACGGUGAGUGUCCGAUGCACGGCCCUCUUCACUCUCUGCGCCGGCUCGUCGGCACCAGCAGCACGGCAGCACCUGUCACCCUACCAGACAUCCCUGAUUGGCUGAGAGACCUGCCCAGAGAGGUGUGUCUGUGCACCAGCACAGUUCCUGGUCUGGGUUACGGAAUCUGUGCAGCUCAGAGGAUCCCUCAGGGAACCUGGAUUGGCCCGUUUCAAGGAGUCCCCCUGAUGCUGGAAAAAGUGCAGUCUGGAGUGGUCAGGAACACCCGACACCUGUGGGAGAUCUACGAUUCAGAGGGAACGUUACAGCACUUCAUCGAUGGUAAUGAUCCCAGUAAAUCCAGCUGGAUGAGGUAUAUUCGCUGUGCGAGACACUGUGGGGAGCAGAACAUGAUGGUUGUACAGUACAGAUCCUGCAUCUUCUACAGAGCAUGUAUGGAUAUCCCCAGAGGAACAGAGCUGCUGGUUUGGUACAACGACUCCUACACCUCGUUCUUCGGUAUCCCGCUGCAGUGCAUCGCCCAGGAUGAAAACUUAAAUGUCCCAGCCACAGUGGUGGAGGCCAUGACGAGGCAGGAAUCCCUCCAGUCCUUCAGCAAAAACGGCAAACCCUCUUCCUCGUCCUCUUCAUCGUCCUCCACUCCGUCCUCCACCCUCAUGCGCUCCAUGGUCUUCCCCCACUCCCCCUGCCCUCGGAGUUUCUCCCUGUUGGAUAAGGUUGGGGUUCAGUCGGACUCCAGUUUUGGCCAGUUGGGGUCAAAGAACCAGAGAGUCCUGGCAAGUCCCACAUCCACCAGCCAGCUUAGCAGUGAGUUCAGCGACUGGCACCUGUGGAAAUGUGGCCAGUGCUUCAAGACCUUCACCCAGAGGAUCCUGCUCCAGAUGCAUGUCUGUCCGCAAAAUCCUGACCGACCAUACCAGUGUGGCCACUGCUCCCAGUCCUUCUCUCAGCCGUCAGAGUUGAGGAACCAUGUAGUGACGCACUCCAGCGACCGACCUUUCAAAUGCGGAUACUGCGGCCGGGCCUUCGCUGGCGCCACAACGCUCAACAACCACAUCCGCACACACACAGGAGAGAAGCCGUUCAAGUGCGAGCGUUGCGACCGCAGCUUCACACAGGCCACUCAGCUCAGCCGCCAUCAGCGACUUCCCAACGAGUGCAAACCCGUGAACGAGACCAGCGAGUCCAUCGAGGUGGAUUAACCCCCGACUGUUUCCCGACUGAGACCACGUCCACAUUAAGACAGUUCAAUAUGAAAAUGUGACUCUUUCUUCAGUUUUGGACCUCCAU